AUGUUGUCCCUACUCUCUAUUGGCUUGACUUUUCUUGGUCUUAUUAUCAUUCCUUGUCUCUUUAUCUCUAGGCGUCUAAGUGUUCCCCUCUCCUUUACAAAUAUCUGCAGACUCAAUAAAAUAGCAUCUUCUCAAGGCAACGAUGAAGAAGAGAGCGGUACAAUUGGAAAGAAAGAGAAACAAGAAAGAAUGCCAAAGCAUGUGGCGAUUAUAUUGGACGGAAACAGACGUUGGGCAAAGAAACAAGGACGCGAGACAGCAGAAGGUCACGAGGCUGGAGCGAGGAGAGUUGUAGAGCUUGCUAAGGAAUUUUUCAAUUUAGGGAUAAACAUUGUCUCACUCUUUGCUUUCUCCACUGAGAAUUGGGGAAGACCCGAGGAUGAAGUUAACUACUUGAUGUCCAUGUUUGAGAAAUUCUUGAAGUCAGAGAUACCUAGUUUUCAAAGUUUGAAAAUCAAAAUCUCUAUUAUUGGGAACCGCACGAGUCUACCAGAGUCUCUUCUAGGUGCAAUACUAGAGGCAGAAGAAGCUACAAAGGGAUACGAAGAGAGGCACCUCAUUCUGGCAAUAAACUAUAGUGGAAGAUAUGAUAUAUUACAAGCUUGCAAAAAUAUUGCUGAGAAGGCGAAAAACGAACUGAUACAAGUGGAGGACAUCGACGAAAAGCUGAUUGACAAAGAGUUGAUGACAAGCUGUAGCGAGUUCCCAAAUCCUGACCUAUUGAUCAGAACGAGUGGAGAGCAAAGGAUCAGUAACUUCUUCCUAUGGCAAUCAGCUUACACUGAGCUCUACUUUCCUAAUGUUCUGUGGCCUGACUUUGUCAAGGCGGAUUAUCUCCAGGCCUUGACUUGGUAUCAGCAGAGGGAUAGGCGAUUUGGUCGAAGAGUAUAAACUUUGAAUUUGAUAUCUCACAAAUAAAUGAUUCAGUUAGUGAAUAUGUGUGUUUGUUUUUCAUUUACUUGUUCAAAAUGCUAUUUGAAUUUUUAUUGUUUUUUCUAUUGAAGUUCAUCUAAAAACACUCAGUUUCGCGUUUGUAAUCUUCAAGUAAUAUUUUAUAAAUUUGUUGCUAGGGUGAUGCAGC